AUGUCGCUUGGUACUGGUGUCGGUGAUAUACUGGCGUGUGCAAGACAUGCUUAUAAGCUCUACCAAGAGAUGUCCAAAGUACAUGGCUCCUCUAGAGAGUACUGGACUUUGUCUUCGCGGCUUCUUACUGUCCAUAAAGUCCUCCUCCAAGUGGAACAACUCAGGGCGGCUUAUCAGUUGACUCAAUCAACCUUGAAUGCCAUUCGCUUCCUAGCGAGCAAGAUGAGCGAGGCCAUCAAUGGGUUUGUAAACAGAUUAGAAGGUAUUCGUGCAUCUCAAGCUAAAGGGUUUGGAUUGGUAUUGAAGUAUAUCGUCUCAACGGGUAAAUCAUCUUCAGAGAUGACAGAUGAGAGAUUAUCUAGCAUCCUUCAUUCUAAUCUGUUGUCUUUGGGUAGCCUCUUACGGAUGGCUUGCUACUCCAACUCUGAUGAUAAUGCUUGGAAAAGUGCAACUGUCACUCCAAGAUGGAUCGAUGAAAGGUCUGAGUUUCCACAUGUUAGGCUAAGCGCAAUGAUCACGGGAAGGGAUACAUGUUGUGCAAGACCUAAUUUCGAAAAGGUUACCUAUCCUAAUGACUUCUUCCGACCUGGGCGGGUAUUUACCGUGGCCAUACGAGGAAUAUUGACAGCCACAAGAGAUGAAGACCUCGAUUGCACGCAUCUCCCUAGAACAUGGAUUCCAUUGGAGUCCAUUCCAGACCCGUGUGAACGCGAGAAAGAGCGACUUACCCGACAGAUGAAGAAUUACGAGGACGUUAUAAAGCUUCCCUUGCCAGCAAUGUUUCAAUAG